AUGACUCACAAACUCCAGAUAUUUACUUGUGCAGAUAUUUCGCAACCAAAACGUACAUAAGUACACGCACUUUCUCUAUUUUGUCAUAUCCACCUGUGCCAGAGUGAAAAGAAGAUGCCACUUUUCGGAAAGAAGAAAGACAACGAGAAAAAAUCUCCGCCUCAAGGCUACCCAACACAGCCAGCUUAUCCCACACAGAGUUAUCCAACACAGCCCUCCUAUAACCCAACAUACCAACAACAAGGUGCAGUUGGAGGUGCCCCACCACCAUACACAGCAGCACCCCCACCAGGUCAUGCAGUGCAAGGUCAAGGUCAACCACCGCAAUACCAGCCUCAAGGUCAAGGCCAACCAGCUCAGUACCAGCCUCAAUAUUACCAGCCUGCCCAUGGCCAGCAGCCCAUUUACCAACCACCAGCAUCUAUGGGACAAACUAUGGUAGUCCAAGGUGGCUUUGAUCCUGGUGCUAGGUUUGGGCCUGGGACAACUGCUAACAUCCCACCACCACCUCCUGGCUGUGCCCCAAAUGCUGCCCAAAUGGGAGCUCUGCAAGGACAAAAUGUGAUUGUUACUCAAAGGGAAGGAAACUGGUUUUCAGGGGGCUCUGAUGGGGGCUACACAGUUUGGUAACAGAUAUUUAUAGGCAUGAGGAGUGAAAAGACAAAGAAGAGGAGAGGGACAGUGAAUUCAUUUUUUUGCUAUUUUUUAGCUUUUGUAUUUUAUUUUUUUAUGAGGGAAAGAUAGGAACUGGUGCAUUUUACAUAAAAAAAACUCGAAAUCUCUUCGAUUUGGAGAUAUUUCUCAUCUGCAGUAAGACUGGAUGUUCUGAGGUACAGUGUUUGAUGGUUAUGUCGUCCUAUAACUUAUUCUGUAUCAUUGGGAUUUCAUAUGCUGUACCCUUUUGAGGAGCCAUUUGGCAUGUCGGACAGAGUCAAAUUAUGUGUACUUAAGGGCCCAGUGAAAAUAAAAGAGACUUCAAUAA